AUGCAAACAUUAGACCAGCAGGAGCGCCGGUUUCAUUUGGAGGACAAAGAACGGAUCAAGGCCGCCGAUUCCAAGUUGGACGCCAACGCGUGGUUAGAGCACGUCGGAUGGGCCACCCAUUUGCAGGGGUUCGAUCCGGAAGCCAUGCAGCGGUUGGUCGACCCAGUGGGCGAGCAGGAGCAUGAGUUGCAGUUGAUCCAUGACAGCUUGGUGCGAGUGAUGGACCGAGCACGCACCAUAGCCACGCCCACCCACGUUGGAAGCCAUGCAUUGUUCGAGGUACAGCGAAAAGAGGUGGACAAGAAGCCACGGCGACCGUUCGACAACCGGGUCGAGGACGAUACGUGGACGCGUUACACGGCCGUGUGGACCAAGUUGGUGUGUUACAUAUACCGUGCCGAGAAAAUGCCAGAUGCAGAUAGGCCCAAGUUUCGGUUAUCCAAGCGGCAAGGCGAUUUCAUGGAUGAUUUGGCGGAUUUAGUCGAGGCGCACGUUAACGAUCCGGAGGCACAGCCAUUGGACGAGGACCGAGUGGACGGGUUGACAUUGCAGGUCGUCAUAGCCGGUUUAGCCGUGAUGGGUAUCCGAAAGGACGGCGGUUGGAUGGAUGUGUUGGAUUAUACGCCCAUAUAUUCCGCCGUCAUCAAGGUCGCCCGUGCCAUGGUCGUGUACCAGUCAUACCAGGAGAGGCAGGCCGAGGUGAUGCGUUUGAAGCAGGAUAAGAUGGACGAGUGGAUGGUGCGGCGGCGGCAGGAGGGAAAUCAGACGUGGGAAGAGCAGCAUGCCCGAAAGGAGGCGGAAGAUGAGGCGGAAGAGGAGGCAGAAGAGGAGGCCACCAGCAUAUUCCGCAUCGUGCGUGGGAAAGUGCAGCGGUUCAUGACGGUCACGCCCAAGGAUCCCCACGCCGAGGCAACGCCGAUGGAUUGGAUUUACGAAGCACGCACGUACGGGAUGCACAUCCGGUUCAACACGCCGGCCGGCGGGACCAUCGAUUGGGUUGGGGACCGCAUCAAGCACCGGCGGGUGCAGUUCCGCAUGGGCGAGUUGACAGAGAUGUUGCAUGCGUUGAAGAGGGAAGCCCGAGAGUUGUUGGCGACGUUGACGAUGGUGGACGACAUCAGCCAGUUGCCGCGGAUCCCGUGGUCGUCGAUGGAAGACGACCAUAGCGAAGACAAGCAGGUACAGGGCGUCGUCAAAGAUGCCGGCAUACGCAGCCCAUAUUUAUGGCCAGACGAGGUGGUUCGCAGGGACGAAGUCAGCGAGACGGAGCAGAGGGAGAGGAGACAGGCCGAAAUGGAGAGCCAGGGCAGCCAGGAUGGCAUUGGCGGCGGCGGCGAUGAUCGUGGUGAUGAGGAUGGUACCGAUGAGCCCGGUUCCAGUGCGAGGUUCGACAGUUGGGUACAGGAGCGCAAUUGGACGCCAGACCGCGUCCGCCGCAUCAUCCAACGAGACAGCAAACGAUUAUUGGGCACCAUAUUGAACAUUAGUUCGUGGCGGCAGAUUGCCAUCGCCAUAUCCCGUCGAUAUUUGGACAAGGCAUUCAAGGAGUCAACGAUAGAUGGGGUCGAAGAAGACGACGACGGUGUGGACGAUAACCCGAUCGAUUUACAAGCCGGCCAUGGAACGCACGUGGCCGGCAUGGUAUACGCACGAGAGUUGCAGCAAGGGUUAUUCAGCACGGCCACGAUGCGCGAUAAGUUUCGGUCCGUCAGUCGUCAGUGGCAUCGGUUUUUUUUGGAGUUCCGCGAGGGCGAUAGUUUAGCCGUAGCGAUACGCCGAAAGCGGGAGCCAUUCGAGACGGAGCGGGAGUACCACCAGUUGCAGCGUUUCAGGCGAUUACAGCAGGUCGACAUUGCCGCCCGGUUGAGGGAGAGAUGA